CGAGGAAAUCUAUGCGCUUCGGUCUCUUCGAGAACCGAGUAUUUCUAGCUCAAUUAAUCGCUAGGAUCGUCUGCGCUUGGGCCGCUCUUCCAAUCCAAAAGCUUCUGCUCAGGCGCCACGAGCCAAUCCACCGUCAAGAGGUGGGCGGAGGCGGUAGAGCAAAUGCCCAGGGUGGGUCGAGUGCACGGCCAGAGCGCUGGUCUGGUGCCGCCGCCUCUGUCUCUCUAGUUGCCUCAGACCUCAAACUUCAAACGUGGACCGAGCCUGUGCAAAGGAACAUGUAUGGCGGCUGGGAAAAGCGAGCGACGUGGUAAAGUCCAAGGCUCAAUCCAGAUUCGGAUCUUUUCUUGGACUUGCCAUGAAUCAUUGGUUCCUGCACCAUCGUAAACCGAGUGAUUGGUACAAAGUGACCUACAUGCCUAAAGGGUGGCAAGGAAAAUUGGAAGACGGCUAAAACACAGUCAUGUCUUCUGUUUGGCACACUAUUCUCUCUCUUCAUGGGAACUACAAGAGGUUGGGUUGCCUCUUAAUUUUCACUGUAAGUGUAUGUUGUAGUGCCUCUUUAAUGUGCCCCACCACUUGCAUUUGUGCCGGUGACAUUAUGAGCUGUACCAGCAGAAACCUCUCAAGGGUGCCAUCAACUCUUUUCAAGCACAUAAAAAGACUGGAUAUGAGUCACAACAAAAUUGGGAUUUUGGAUCAAGACUGGAUACCCAUGCUGCUUGAGAAGUUGAACACCCUCAUCCUCAAUCAUAACAACAUUUUCAGUAUUUCUAUUGGAAGUUUCUCAGUUGUUCCAAAUGUCAAGUACCUAGACCUGUCAUCCAACAAUUUGAAGUCAUUGGGCAGUCCUAUAUUUCAGGAACUGAGAAUGCUGGAGGUUCUGUUGCUUUAUAACAACCAUAUUGCACAGGUUGAUUCUGCUGCUUUUGGAGGAAUUCCUACGCUGCAAAAGCUGUAUUUAAGUUACAACUCUCUCACACACUUCCCAAUUGAACUCUAUACUGGGAAAUACAAGCUCUCUGAACUUGUAUUCUUAGAUCUUUCUUAUAAUCGGAUCCAGUCAAUACCAGUUAAUGGCAUGAGAUUAGUACCAGCCCGACACUUAAGUGGAAUUUAUCUUCACGGAAACCCAUUUCAUUGUAACUGCAUACUUUAUUCUAUGCUGAACUUGUGGUACCUUCGACAUUUUACUUCAGUGGAAAACUUCAAGACUGAAUACACAUGUAAUAAAGACUCCCAAAAACUGCCUUUAUUGCAGAAUAAUUAUUUAAAUUGUUCAGAAAGCACCAUUAAUGGUUCUUUCCAUGCCUUUGGUUUUAUUCACGAAGCACAAAUUGGUGAGCGAAUUAUAGUACCCUGUGAUACCAAAAUCAGUGAUGCUGGGACUAGUUUUAUUUGGAUCAGCCCAGAUAAUCAAGUUUUAGAGCCAGGAAAGACAACUGAACAGUUCAAAGUAUUUCAUAAUGGGAGCCUGGAAAUAGAUGAUGCUCAGUAUGAAGACGCUGGACUUUAUUCCUGCAUUGCAAUAAAUAAGAAAAGAUUACUGAAUGAAACAAUUGAAGUAAGAAUAAAUGUCAGCAAUUUCACAGUGGACAAAUCUUACUCACAUGAAACAUUUAACACUGCUUUUACAACUCUUGCAGCUUGUGUAGCCAGUAUUAUUUUGGUACUUCUUUACCUCUACUUGACGCCCUGUCCUUGUAAGUGCAAGUCAAAGAAAAGGAAAAGGCAAUUAAACCAAAAUAGCACAUCUCAUGCAUCCAUGCUAACCUCCAACACACCCCUCAAUCUUCCAUUAGAUGAGAAGAAAGCUAGCAGUGGCAAAAGGGUGGUGUUUCUUGAACCUGUGAAGGAACCUAAACCAGGUCAAAAUGGCAAAAUCAGAAUAUUUCCCAAUGAGACUUUAAUUGCUGAAAGCAUUCUAAAAACACCCCAAACAAAAUCAGACUCUGUUUCCACAAACUCACCAUUCUCAGACAUGCCUUUCAUGCCAUCAUCUUAAGCGUUCCUCCUGCACAGAUGUCAUAAUCCUUUCAGCACCGGCCACGGCUUUAUCCAAUAUUAAAAGAAAAGUCAUGGAAAACUUCUGAUUUUUUAAGAAAAUGGAAAUCUUGAAGGUUGAAAUUAAUUGCUGUUAUCUUCUUGUUCCUUCUCAGUGGGAAGAACAUGCAUUAAUCUUGCAACAUUCAGGAGGAGCUCGUUGUUAUACGAGUGGAGUAUAACACUCCACUAAACAUAACACACUUGUAUUCUUCCUCUGAAAUGAAUUAGGUAGCCUUAUGGAGGAACAUGUUUGAUCAUUGUUCUCAUUCAGUGGAAGAAAGCUUACACAGUAGAAGUCCUAUCGGCUUAGGCCCCUAGCUAUUUCACUGUAUAAAAUCAGUGGGAUUUUAUUAUCAGGGAUGAGACUUUUAAUCAAGUAUGUCUUAUAGUGUUUAUAGAAGAACAAAAUAGCCAUUUAUUCAAUUUCUGUUCAUUGCCUUGAGAAACAGGGUACAUAAAGAAGCAAAUAAAUUUAUAUAAUCCAGAAUAUUCCCAAAUAAUGUUUAAUGUGUAGAUAAAUUUCAAAACUGGACAGGGAUUUAGGUUUUCUUUUUCUGUAAAGAAUUUUAAAAUCUAGGAAUGGAAUGUAUAGUAAAUCUAGUAAGAGAUAACCUUCAAAAAUGAUAACUUUUACGGAACUCAUACCGUCCAGAGAUACGAUUAUUAAACCAAUUAAUCCUUGAAGUUCUGUAUUUCAGAAGGAUAUCACUUUAGUCUUGUUAAAAAAUCCAUAGUCCAAAAGUAUUUAAGAAGUACUAUUUUUCCAUCUACUGUAUGGUGAGGGGAGAGGUGCACUAUUGGAAUGUUUGUCUUUACAGGUCUUAAAGGGAUAAGAGCCAUGAUACUGUAGAAGUAUAUCCAGCCUAUUUGUUUGGAUUAAAAUUUAUAUAUGUGUGCUGUGUGGACUGAGCAGAAAAUGUCUACAAAAAAGAAUGCAUAUAAUUAGUUUUAUAAAAUUUAGUUUUGUGCAAUUAGAUAUUUUAUAUAAAUUCCACUGCACUUUGACUAUUUUUGAUGACCUAUUUAGAGCCAUAAUCCAAAUUGUUGAUCCCAAGAUAAACAUUGCUUUCACAUCAAUGGCAUGAAUAUCUAGACUUUACCUUCUGUAGAACCUAGAACUUCAGUUCAUUGAAUUUGAUUGUUUAGAGCUUUAUUAGAAAAAUUCAAACUAGUUAAGCUAAUUCUGUUAGUCAUUGUUUAAUAUGCAAGUAUCAAAGCAACAAUUCAUGAAGCUUCCACCUUGUGAGGUUUUUGAUAUAAAAUUGACAAGUCAUACUUUCAGGAUGAUCCAUUCCAUUAGAAAGCUGGAGCUAUGUACAAAUCAAAUAUAUUUUAGCAUAGCUUUGUGUUAGUAAAUGAAAUACGUAAAACAAUAAGUUACUUGUAAGUUGCUUAUUUUGCAUAGCAUUAUUUGUCCCAUUUGGGUUCAGGUCAAAUUGGUAGACAGUUCUGCAGUGACAUGCGGCAUAGAUUACAAUUUAUUGGUUUCGUGUAUAACUUGCAGAUUUAUUUUUAUUUAUUUUAUUUUAUUAAAUUUCUAUACCGCCCUACUCCCGAAGGACUCAGGGCGGUGAACAGCCACAGGAUAAAACACAUAAAUACAAAAAUUUAAAAUAGAAUAAAAACGAAUUAAAUAAUUUGGCUGAACAAAUUUAAAAUACCCCAUAAUUUAAAAACAAAUUAAAAUUUACAUUUAAAAAGGGGAGAAGAUUUAGGCCAGGCCAGCUUGAUGAAAUAAAGAAGUCUUAAGCGCACGACGGAAGGUGCGCAGAUCCGGGAUCCUCCCUAUCUCUGGGGGGAGCUCUUUCCAGAUCGUAGGUCCCCCACAGAGAAAGCUCUCCCCCUAGGGGCCGCCAGUCGACAUUGUUUGGCCGACGGCACCCGGAGGAGCCCCUCUCUAUGGGAGCGUACUGGCUGGUGGGAGGCUAUUGAGAAUCUUCCUUCUCUGCUGGCUGUCAACUGCAACCAUCAAUCAGAAUAGAGCUGAAAGGUCUUCUAAUCCAGCCCCCUAAUCAAACAGAAGACCCUAUACAAUUUCAGAUACGUGGCUGUCUACUCUUUUCUUAAAAAUCUCCAGUGAUGAAGCACCUACAAUUUCUGAAGGCAAGCUGUUCCACUGGUUAAUUGUCCUUACCAUUAGGAAGUUUCUCCUUAACUCCAGGUUGCUUUUCUCCUUGAUUUGUUUCCAUCCAUUGUUUCUGGUCUUGCCUUCUGGUGCUUUGGAAAAUACAUUGACCCUGUUAGGUUCAGCUUGUAGCUUACUCCUAACCUGUUGGUCAGGCAAUAUAUCUGUUUCUUUAAGAAACAACUGAGCCACGUAAUCAGGGUUUGCUGAACCCUGUAAUUAGGCUACAGUGCAUAAACAAGCAGUGCAGAGAAGCGUUCUUUGUUCCUGAGUGUUCCUGAUUGUUCCUGUUGCUUCCUGCGUCUUUCUGCUGAUUGGUGUUAGACUGGAUUGUUAUAUGGUACUGUAUACCAAGAGUUACUAAAGUCUGUUUGCUUUGGUAAGGGAAGAUAAUUACUGGACUGAUAUUACUGUUUAUGACCUUGGACUGUUUUACCUACACUGAGACUGCUUAUUAUCUUGUAUAUAAAGUAUUUUUCUCACA